CGAAGACCCUCCGGCUGGUUCCGGGUAUCAAUUCUGUGGCGGGAAAAACUGCCUCUCCUGUGGGAGAGGUCGCCAGUCCUGUGUGGUAGCUCUUCGCGCCCGGAAUGGAGACGCAGUCCGAGGAGCAAGCCGUCACCAAGCCUGCGGACUCCGGAGGGGAAGGCGAGCCGCCGCAGGUCGCCGGCGCCCAGGCGGCGCGUCCGGAGGACCGCAUGACCCUGCUGCUCAGGCUAAGAGCACAGACCAAACAACAACUCUUGGAAUAUAAGUCAAUGGUUGACGCAAAUGAAGAAAAAACGCCAGAACAAAUCAUUCAGGAAAAGCAAAUUGAAGCUAAAAUUGAAGAACUAGAAAAUGAAGUUGAAGAGGCAAAGAUUGCUUUUGAAAUGAAAAAGCUUGCAUUAGACAGGAUGCAGCUUUCAACUGCACUUAAAAAACACCUGGAGAAGACUGACAUCAAGACUAGUGUGCUCAUGGAUAACAUGAAACAAAUAUUAAAUCUGAAUAAAUUAAUAAUGAAAUCACAGCAGGAAACUUGGGAUUUGGAGGAAAAAUUGCUUGAUGUUAGAAAGAAGAGAUUGCAAUUAAAACAAGCUUCAGAAAGAAAGCUUUUAGAAAUACAGACUGAAAAGAACAAACAGAAAGAAGAUUUGGAUAGUAUGGAAAAUUCAGACAAAAUAAAGACCAUACAACAAAACCUGGAGAGAGAGAUACAGAUUACUACAGUUAUUCAAAAUGUGUUCCAGAACCUCAUUUUGGGGAGUAAAGUCAACUGGGCAGAGGAUCCUGCCCUCAAGGAAACUGUUCUGCAGCUUGAGAAGAAUCUCACCAUGAUCUAAUAGGAAUUCUAGUUCGACAUUUUUUGUUUCUGUUUUUAAUGUCAUUUAAAUAGAAAUUUCAAGUGAAAUGCUUUUCAGUGUUUUUGGAAUGAUUCUAAUACUGCAAUUAUUUUUUUUUAGCUUGAGUUACAUGUUACAUGGAAUCUAUUGUUUUAAAUAUAAUAAAGUGACUGGCAUAGUCUAAAUCUGAAAAUCUUAGCCUUGGAAGGGCCCCAAAAGACAUCUAGUCCAGGCUUCUACUGAAUAUGGACAUUUUUUCUACAACAUUCCUGGAAAUCCCAGCUCUCAUUUGGAAUACUUCUGUGUAUUUGUUUGUCAACAAAAUAUUAGAAAGUUAGAAAAGCAUAUCCACACACAUCUUUGUUUUUUUUUUUCAACUGUCAAUUGUAUUUUAUUCAGAUAAAUCUCAUUUUAGUUCAACUCACUACAGAUUUUUUUUUUUUUUUGCCUUUUUAAAAAAAUUGGGGGACUUCCCUGGUGGUCCAGUGGCUGGGGGUCCAUGUUCCCAGUGCAGGGGGCCCAGGUUCAGUUCCUGGUUAGGGAACUGGAUCCCACACGGUUGCAGUGAGAGUCUGCAUGCCACAGCCGAAGACCCCACAUGUGGCAACUGAGACCAGGUGCAGCCAAAUAAGUGAUUUUUUUUUUAAAUUUCCAAAAAAUUGAGAUAUAAUUGAUACAGAACACUGUGUAAGUUUAAGAUGUACAACACUGUUGAUCUGACCACCAUUAGCUAACAUCUCCAUCGUGUCACAUAAUUAUCAUUUCUUUAUCAUGGUGAGAAUAUGUAAGAUUAUCCUCUUAGCGACUUUGAAGUGCGUAAUGUAGUGUUGUUAACUAGAAUCACAAUGUUGUACGUUAGAUCUCCAAAAUUUAUUCAUCUUCUAACUGCAAGCUUGUACCUUUUGACCACCAUUUUCUCAGUUCUCUCACCCCUCCAUCCACAUUUUUAAACAGAUACCCAAAUAAAGCACCUCAAUCAUGAAAAAAGAAGAAAAAGAAAAACAUUCUGAUUACAGAAAAAUUGUGACUUUAUUUUGUAUUUUUAUGUUUAUUAUGUAUCACUUUUAUUAAAAAAGUAAAUGUUAUUCUCUUAUUAAAAAAUUAGAACUUGAA